UUCCCAUUUUGGUUUCUUAUUAUUAUAAUAUAAUAUAAUAUGAGAAAGGACUAUAUACGACUAGAACUGACACUGGAAGUUUAGUAUAAGAUUGGUGAUAUGAAGAAGAGAGUUCUGAGAGUAGUGGUUAUGACAGAUGGUAGCAGGUGUGAUAUGUCUUCUUGAUCUUGAUCUUGAAUGACAGCGGUUAGGUGGUCAUGGAAACUGAAAUGACAAUUUUACCCUGAGUAUUAUGCUAAUAUUGCAGAUUCUGCAUUAGAGGCCCUCUUGCUUUGAAUGGCCUGUUUGUGUAAAAUUGCCUUUCUAAACGGUGUCAAAUGCUGACAAAGAAUGACUUUCUCCUCUUUCUUCUCUUUUUCCUUUUCGCUGUUGCUGAGCCUGCUGAAAAAAUUCCCGUACAACCUUCGUCCUCUCAGCGUCAGUUGUCCGUUGGCUUUUGGUAGUCCUGCAUUAUGUUAGUGUUGUUUGUUUUACUUUUGCUUGUUGUUCUCUUCCUCUUCCGUAAACGAUUGGCUAGACUUCUUCCUGUUUGGAAGCUUGCUUGCAUCUCUGCAACUUUCGGCUAACACCUGGUAGGCAUGGUUUACUGCAUGCUAUGAAUUUUUCGUUGUUCUCUUCCGUUUGCUUUGUUCUAAAUAAAUUCAUGGUUUAUCUCUUUUUUUGCCUUGCUCCUUCUUUUUUACUAGGAACCUAUUCCUUUUUGGAAUCUUUUUCUUUUCCUUGCUUACAAGAUCCUCUGCUGUACAUGACUUUUGAAAUAUCUUGUUCUUCUGUAGCUUUUUCCAUCUUCAGAUUCUCCUGUCAGCUCCUCCUUUUUUGAGUACAGGUUAGUAUCUCUAUCCUUGUUUUAUUCUUUGACUGCAUUUUUCGAAAUUAUUUGCUCCUCUCCACUGUACUCUGCCUUAUGUCACAUUUGCUUUUCGUUUGUUUCUCCUUUUUUUUUUUUGACGGCAAGAAAUUCUGUCCGCCUUGUUGUUGCUGUUUUAUAUUCGCUGAGGUGUUCCUGCUUCUGUGUUUGGCUCAGCUGGAAUUAGAUGGAUAAAAAUGCCUUGCGCCGAAAAAAAUACGCAGAAAUGCCGCCUGCCAAGAAAGCAGAAUUUCUGCGCUCUCUACGAGAAGCUAGAGCUGCGAAGAAAAAACAGAGCCUUUUCCUGUCUCGUGUUCAAAAGAUUCUGCCUACUGCUGUGGAACCUUCUGUUUGUUUCUCAUAUAGUCAUGAUAAACCUUCUGACACUCAUGCUCAAGCUGAUGUGCUUUCUAAUGCACUACAAAAUGGAGAAUGCUUGGUUCCAGUCGAUAGUGUUAUUACAGAUAAUCGACAGCUGCCCUGCAUUUCUUCUGCUGUACCUAAUUUCUUCGAUGAUCAUGCUUCGUCAUCUUCUUCUUCUAGGAAAAAAACAACUUCCAGUGAUGCUAUAUCCCUUAAUAAAGAAUGACUAAUUUGCUGCCUAUCCAAGACAUUGUCCCUUUCAUGAAGAAUUGGAGUUGCCUCAUCACUGUUCAGGAAAAGCAACAGAUUACUGACUCGAAGGGAAUGCCGACAAAAAAACAAAAAUUUAUCUUUUAUGAUGCAGAGGGAUCAAAAGUUGAAGCAAUAAUCUUCAAUGCUGAUAUUCCUAAAAUGAGUCCACUCUUACGUGUUUAUAAAAAGUACAAGAUCACAAAUGCUGAAGUGAAGCCUAUCCCAGCAAAAUUCCAGACAGCUGAGCUCACUAUCCAAUGGGUGAUCAGCACUAAAACUGUCAUUGAAGAAAUAAAUGAUGCUGAUAAUGAAAUCAUGCCUGUGAAAUUCAACUAUACAAAGUUUACUGAUUUAGUGCAUCACAUGGAUGACAAGAAUAAAUCAGUUGAUGUGAUAGGAGUUGUGAUUGCUGCACUGGACAAGAAGACAUUAAACAGAAACUCAAGAGAAUCAAGUGUUCAAAAGUUUGUUCUUCUUGACGAAGAAUCACACACAGUAUUGCUAUCUUUAAGGGAUGACUUUCUCGCUAAUGAAGGACAACAAUUACUGUCUAACCUUCACAGCUAUCCUGUCAUUAUUGCACGGAGAAUAAAAGUGAAUAACUACAAUGGAGUUGCAUUAGGUACUUGGUUUGAUUCUGUCAUACUUGUUGAUCCGCCUAUACAGGAAGCAAGAGAGCUAAAGAACUGGCGCUCAGAAAUUCUCAAAUAAUUGCAGAUGUUCUUGCUAAAAGAGAUUACAUGAAGUAUAAUCCUACAAUUUCUCUCAGAACUGAUCAAAAAGCUACCUUGAUUUGUAACGUUAGCCCAUCACAGAAGGUGUUAAAACAAUUUUCCCCAUUUCUCUUUACACUUUACUAUCGCCCUGUUUACAUUUGUUCCCUUGUAUUUGUUUAUAUUGCAGACGACUUGGGUGAGAGCACGUUUCUACUUUGAACACAUAUUCCAAAAAUACUGGUAUAUGAGUUGCAAGAAUUGCUAUCGAGCCACAGCAGCAGAUUAUCAGGUUGAAUUUACCUGCAACUCGUGCAAGGAGAAGCAACCAGCUCUAUCAAGAUGUCGCUUUGAUGUUGAUUUGGUUGAUAGCAGUGGAACCAUACCAGCUUCCAUAUUUGGUGAACUAGCAGAAAAACUUCUAACGUUCAGCUCUCUUGAAGCAAUGCAGCAUUUUAAUGAGAAUGUUGAACUCCCUCUUGACCUUGUUCAUGAAGAGCUCAAAGCAAAGAUUUUCCUCAUUCAUAUCAAACCUGUGCAAGCACAGCUAGCAGAUGCUAGGCAACGUUAUACAGUGAUAUAUUACUAUGAAGCUCAUGAUGAUGCCAGUUCAAUUGAGGUAACAAAGGAACCAAAAAAUCAUUUACCGUUGCUUAAUGACCAGCCUCCAACGCUGCAAUUGAUUGAUCCAGAAGAAAAUACUUCUCCUCCAAAGAUUCGCAAACGACUUUCUGAAAAGUUUGAUGAAAUAGAGAACUUGAACGACGACAACUCCCCUGAUGAAGCCAGCAGCUCUGCCAAGAAAUCAAAACUAAACUAAUUCAGAGCUAUUCACUUUUUGUCUUCAUAAGAUAGAUACACCUUACAAGCCAUUUGCACUGCUACAUUUUGCUAAGUUUGUUACAAGAGUCGUUAGUUUUUGAAUGAACACUCUUGUUUUGUCUGUACGUAUUAAUGAACCAGCUUCUUUUGACAUAUCUACUGUCCUCAACAGUCAACUUCAUGUACUAUUAACUCUAUGUAAGACUAAUUAUUGUGCUGUUAUUUUUUAAUGCUUCCU